AUGGAGAUUGAGACAAAAAGCGGCAGCGAAAACUCCCAUUUUUCGUCACAGAGUAUCUGUGGUUCCUUUGUGAUGAGGCGUAUUCGCAUGUUCUUCCCUGUUGGCUUCAAGACAGAAAUUAAGGAGUUGUGUAAACUGGCUGGACCUGUGAUAAUGGCCCAGCUUAUGGUGUUUCUAGUGAGUUUUGUCAGCACUGUUUUCUGUGGCCAUUUAGGGACGUCAGAGUUGGCAGGAGUGACUUUGGCCAUAGCAGUUAUUAAUGUCACAGGUAUCUCUAUCGGCUCUGGGUUAGCAUCAGCGUGUGAUACCCUGAUAUCUCAGACCUAUGGGAGCCGUAACCUCCUGCGAGUUGGGGUGAUUCUGCAGAGGGCAAUCCUCAUUCUGAUGCUGGCAUGUUUCCCCUGCUGGGCCAUCCUCAUAAACACAGAGUCCAUUCUGCUGUUAGUCAGACAACCUCCAGAAGUGGCCAGGUUGUCUCAGAUGUAUGUGGAGAUAUUCAUGCCAGCGCUCCCAGCUGCGUUCAUUUAUUCACUGGAAAGCAGAUACCUGCAAAACCAAGGCAUCAUUUGGCCACAGGUUAUCACAGGAGCUGUGGUCAACAUCCUUAAUGCCCUCGUCAACUACAUCUUUCUCUUCGUGUUGAAUCUGGGAGUAGUUGGUUCUGCAGUUGCCAACUGUGUCUCCCAGUUUGCCUUGGCUCUAAUUCUCUAUGUGUACAUCAUUUGGAAAGGUCUUCAUAAAGCCACAUGGGGAGGCUGGUCAAAAGAGUGCCUUCAAGAGUGGGACACCUACAUCCGCCUGGCCAUUCCCAGCAUGUUCAUGUUGUGUGUUGAGUGGUGGACAUAUGAGAUUGGAGGUUUUCUGGCAGGUUUGAUAAGUGAGGAGGAGCUUGGGGCGCAAGCAGUUGUAUAUGAGCUGGCAAAUAUUGCAUACAUGUUCCCUCUAGGUUUCAGUUUGGCAGGGAGUGUUCGAGUCGGUAAUGCCUUGGGAGCCGGGGAGACACAGCAGGCCAAGAUGUCUGCUAAACUGGCAAUUCUCUGCGCAGGGUCAAUCUCUGUUUGCUUGGCAGUUAUCAUCGGGAGCCUGAAAGACCAUAUCUCUUACGUCUUUACAAACGAUGAACAAAUCAGAGAAAGAGUUGCUGAUGUUAUGUCUUUCUAUGCUCCAUUCCUUCUCCUAGAUGCAAUGUCAGCCGCCUCUGGCAGCAUUAUAAGAGGAGCAGGGAAACAGAAAGUUGGGGCAAUCUGCUAUAUUGUGGGAUAUUACGGCAUCGGCAUGCCUAUUGGAGUGUCUCUGAUGUUUGCAGCUAAAUUAGGAAUUAAGGGUCUGUGGACGGGCCUGUUUACCUGCGUGUUCCUACAAUCAUCCUUUCUAAUUGUCUACCUGAUCAGAACAAACUGGAAGCAAGUCACUAUAGAGGCUCAGAUCAGAGCUGGAGUGCACGGGAAGUCUCUGGAUACAACGGCUCAGUCCGAUGACCUGGGGGUUUCUGAGGGCGUGGCUGACACUGAGGAGGGAGCAGCUGUCAAAGCAGAGGACGGGUGGCUCUCCCACAGGACGCUGGUGCUGCGCAGGGGCCUGGCCUUGGCUGCCAUGCUCUUCAUCCUGGCUAUUGGCAUCAUCGCCAACCUACUGAUCACUAAUUUGGUUACAUGAGCAGAGAUGCAUUUCAUUUCAUUUUAGCAAAGUCAGCCUCAGCCAUCAGCACGGGCUAUGUUGCAGACGACGGCAGUGUAGCCAGACAAGCACGCUAGCACAAACAUGACUGCAGCUUUCCCUUUCAUCUGAGGGAAGACGAAAAAAGAAAAUUCAGGCAGCACUGAGAGCAAAGAUUUAUUAAUGAAGCCAGUGUGUUUUAGGACACUACACUAAAAUCAACCAGUAGCGCAGGAGACAAUGGAAACAGCUGACAGUUUACACAUAGUUUCAUUAAACCAUACGGAAACAGAGGAUGUGGUUACGUGACAAACUAAUAUAGUGUAAUUUGUCACAUGUAACAUGCAGAUGAAUAGAAAAAGUGAAAGAAAAAGUGGGUUUAUUAGGAAAAAGAAAGGCACAAGGAGACACAAGAUGAGGAACAAUGUAGAAAAACAGAAUAAAAAGGAUAUCACCAGUCUGGACCUUGCAACUUGGACAUUAUUGUGUAUAUGAUUUGUUGUUGUUGUUUACCACAAAAACAUCCAUUUACUGCAGUUUCCAGUGAAUUUGCCACUGAGCUACAUUCAAGAGAAUGAGCCAAACCAAAAAUCUGCUUUUAUGACAUUCAAUAGAAAGAUUCUGUGAUUAUCCUGUGAUCUUCAAAUUACCCUAACUCUGCUUCUAAGCCCAGCGGAGUGGACUGUAUUUGAUCAGUAGGCUGGGUCGUAUUGAUCCAGUCUGUUAAGUUGCCCUCUGAGAAGCGACUCUCUGGCAGGGGCACGAGGGAGUGGACGCUGAUGCCCACAGCCAGAAGAGCAAGUAAAACAAUCAGAGUGAGGCCUCGCCUCAGGAUCAGCUGCGCCGGGGAGAGACGGCGUCUCCUCGGCUCUGCUCCACUUUGUGUCUCGGCGUUCCCGUCUUUGCUCUCUGUGCUCACAGAGAUGUAGCCAUCUACACCCAUCUGGGAGACAACAGAAACAUAUUGGCUGUGGCUUCAUUGCAAAUGGAAGAGAAAGUGCUGCUUAACCGUGAAGGACAGAAAUUGCUUUUGAUUCUGAAUGUUUGGCCUGUUUACUACAAUUCACCAACACUUUACAAUGCAACAAACCAUUUUGUAAAUCAUGUACGGGUACUAGAGAUUUCACAACAUACAAUCAAAAUCCCUCCAUUUUUACAAAUGAAUUUUUGUUGAAACACACGCCUUGUAAUGUUCUGCAUCUGUGGCUA